AUGUCUUCAACUGCAACGGGCGAUGCUUCUAGCUCCGCGUCUUCACCAACACAGAGCAGCACAUCGGGCUCGGGCUCAGGCAGCAGCUCCAGCUCCAGUUCAUCUCCAACCUCAUCCAGUUCCGGUAGCUCCAGCUCAGACUCGAGCUCAUCCCCGACUAGCUCCAGCUCUAGUUCAGAUGGCUCAAGCUCAUCUAGCUCAUCCCCGACUAGCUCCAGCUCCAGUUCAGACGGUUCAAGCUCAUCUAGCUCAUCCCCCACCACUAGCAGUAGCAAUAGCAGUAGCAGUAGCAGUAGCAGUAGCAAUAGCAGCAGCAGCUCUAGCUCCAGCUCCAGCCCCACUAGCAGCAGCUCCUCCAGUCCGACGAGCUCUAGCAGCAGCUCUAGCUCCAGCCAAGAUUCUAGCUCUAGUACAAGCUCCUCAAGCCCCAGCUCUUCCACAAAUCCGGGCUCGAGUAGCAGCAGCAGUAGCAACAGCAGCAGCAGCUCAUCAAGCAGCCCCACCUCCAGCUCAUCCAGCUCAAACCCAUCCUCAAGCUCACAGCCAGACUCUUCAUCCAGCUCACAAACGUCAGUUGCUCCUUCCUCUACCUCUACCACCUAUCCUGCCCAAUCCUCUGACACAAGUACUUCCAGCGCUCCGAAUACGUCGUCCACGAGCUCCAGUACUUCCAGUACUGACUCUUCUAGUACAAGGACAAGUACGAGCUCCUCUGAUGCGCCUACUUCGAGUACAGGGACAAGUUCGAGCUCGACUUAUGCUCCUUGGACUUCAAGUAGCACUAGUUCGAGCUCGACUUAUGCUCCUUGGACUUCGAGUAGCACUAGCUCGAGCUCAGACUAUGCUCCUUGGACUUCGAGUAGCACGAGUACGAGCUCGGAUUAUGCUCCAUGGACUUCGAGUACGAGCUCAAGUACAUCGUCAUCCUCACCCACUUCUACCUCCACCUCCACCCCCGUCUAUGAUAGCACGACUGACACGACUCCCUCUAGUUCUUCCAACUCUUCCGAUUCUUCCUCUUCCUCUCCGUCUUCUUCUUCUUCCUCGCUAUCGACAUCUUCUACACCUAUCCUCUCUACCUCGACUGAUGAACAAGGUUCUGCCACCACUGUUACUGUUAGCUGGUCAGGCGUUCCCGUUCAGGCCGAUAGUAGCGACAGUACUAAUGCCGGUACGAUUGGUGGUGCCGUUGGUGGAGCGGUCGGUGGUGCUAUUGUUCUUGCACUAAUUGCAUUAGCAGUCUUCAUGAUCAGACGCAAAAAGAAAAACCAGAUGGAGCCAAACAUGGGUGAUGCUAUUUUUUCGCCUGAUAGAGGCAACGAGGAUAGCUCAGCUGGACCAUCAGACCAACCAACACCAUUUUACGGUGGAUCAUCGAAUAACAUGUCACAACGUCCAGGUGGUCCUAUCUUACCGAUGACAAGAGAUGAAGCUGAGGAAGCAACAUCACCUCAUCACUCCACUGCGUUUGAUUCAUUCGAUAGUCAUUCGGGUGGUCCAUUCGCUGUACCAGCUGCUGGUAUGGCUCAAUCGCAAAACUCCAGCGGUUCAAACAAUGCAGCAGUGUCUAAAUUCAGGGAAGCUGGUCUUAACCCUAUAACAGAACAGGAAGGUCACGAAGCAGCUCACAACGCGGGCGUUGCAGCUGCGGCCGGUGGUGCUGCGACGGGAGGUAGAGCAGUCAGUUCCAACAACUCGAGGGGAAUGCCGCCAUCUUCACGCUCACACCACUCAGGGUCUGAUCCUACAGAUGCAGCUUACGGCGGUAUAGACACUUCAGAUCCUGACGCCGAGCCAAUGAUCAAGUCAAGACAACCUCAAUUUGCUGUUUCAAAUCAGGAUGAUAUAAUGCAGCACUUAGACGGUGGACCUUUGACUUCAGAGCACAACGCACAUCAACAAUCUGAAUUGCCACCAACUUACGCCAGUCUCAAUGGUCAACAGGAAGCAGGGAAUGCAAGCCGUCAGAGACUUAUGUCAAACGACAACAUCUCAGAUCAUCACGAAGAGUAG